AUGUAUCAGCCUAUUUCCACUGAACCUGUUCCAGUGCUGGACUUUCCACAGUCCCCAAAUGGUCUAAAAAGGAGGAAAAGGGCCUGGAACAUUCCAGCCAUCAGCCUUGUGGAGAAUGACAGGGGUCCCUUUCCCAAAGAAAUAGCAAAGAUUCGAUCCAGUUUGGAAAAGACAGUUAAAAUACAAUAUGCUGUAACUGGCCCAGGAGCAGAUCAGGCCCCUUAUGGACUGUUUACCAUGGACAGGAACUCUGGUCAGCUAUUUGUGACCCAGCCUUUGGACAGAGAGAAACAAGCUAACUACAGUCUCCUGGCUCAUGCGCUUGCUGUGGAACGUGGUGUAGCUGAACCACCCAUGAAAAUCAUAAUUAAUGUAACAGAUGUGAAUGACAACGUGCCUGUGUGUAGUAAACAUACCCACAGGGGCAGUGUUCCACAGUCGGCAACACAAGGAUUUGAAAUCUUGAGUGUCACUGCAACUGAUGCAGAUGAUCCCAAUACAGAAAAUGGAAAAAAAUACCCACAAUACAUACUGACAGUUCGAGCUGCUGAUCUGAUAGGAAAGGGCCUCAAAACCACCUGCAAAGUGGUCAUCAAAGUAGCAGACAGUAACAACAAUGCCCCUCAGUUUUUGUGGUCUACAUACUCAGCAUCUGUUCCUGAGAACAAGAAGGGUGCAGAAGUGCUGAGGUUGUUUGUGUACGACAGCGACAAACCACUGACUCCCGCCUGGUUUAUGAAAUUCCACAUUGUCCAAGGGAACGAAGACGGCUUCUUCAACAUCACGAACGGACCUUGUCACAUGGAGGGUGUUAUUACCACAGUCAAGGUAUCCAGUUUUGGUUGCUGUGAGGAGGACCCAAAAUGCCAGCUGGGGUUCUCCUUAGAAAUCUACAUUUUCAAAGUAGACAGGACUCAUCUGCACAGGGGAAGGAGACUUGGAAGAGUUAUUUUUGAUGGCUGUAGUGGACGCCAGAAAGUCCUGUUUAAUUCGGAGGAUUCCCGUUUUAAGAUGGACACUGAUGGGACAGUGUCGCUGAAGAGGCCUGUAAACCUCUAUGAUGGACACAAAAGCUUUUCUGUUCAUGCCUGGGACUCUAAGAGCAGGAAAAUCACAACUACAGUUUGGGUGCAGUAUGAACCGUGGACCAAUCAGCAGGAGCAUGAGGUAGACAGUGGACCAUUUGGACAGCCUGUUUCCACUGAACCUGUUCCAGUGCUGGACUUUCCACAGUCCUCAAGUGGUCUAAAAAGAAGGAAAAGGGACUGGAUCAUUCCACCCAUCAACAUUCCAGAGAAUGACAAGGGUCCUUUUCCAAAAUUAGGGGUGAAGAUUCGUACCAGCAAUGACAAAGAGCAAAGAGUACACUACAGCAUUUCUGGUCCUGGAGCAGAUGAGCCCCCUAAAGGACUGUUUUUUAUGGACAAGUACUCUGGUCAGAUCUUUGUGACCCAGCCUUUGGACAGAGAGAAACAAGCACGCUAUACUCUCCUUGCUCAUGCUUCUGCUUCAGGAGGGACUCUAGUUGAGGCUCCAAUGGAAAUCAAAAAUAAUGUCAUAGAUAUGAAUGACAAUAAGCCUGUGUUUACUGAAGAUACAUAUGAAGGCAGCGUUCCCGAGGCAACGCAAGUAGAUUAUGACAUCUUAAUUGUCACGGCAACUGAUGCAGAUGAUCCCAAUACAGGAAAUGGUGAAAUAGCUUACAGUAUUUUGAACCAAGAUCCAAAGGAGCCAAAUGGCAACAUGUUUGCUAUCAAUCCUAAUAGUGGACAGAUUAGGUUGAACUCCCCUGGACUCGACAAAGAGCAAUAUCCACAAUACACACUGACUGUUCAGGCUGCUGAUCAGGCAGGGAAGGGUUUUGCAUCAACCUGCAGAGUGAUAAUCAAAGUAACAGACAGUAAUGACAAUGCUCCGCAGUUUGUAGAGCCCAAGUACACUGCAUCUGUGCCUGAAAAUGAAGUGGAUGCAGAAGUGGUGAGGAUGCAAGUUACUGAUGAGGAUGAACCGCACACUCCAGCAUGGCAUGCCAACUUCAGGAUUCGCGAAGGGGACCCUGGUGGCUUUUUUAAUGUCACCACUGGACCCAGUGGCCAGGAGGGUAUCAUUACUACAGCAAAGGCCCUGGACUAUGAAAAGAGGAACCAGUACACUCUGCUGGUUACGGUGGAGAACGAUGUGCCAUUUGCCAUUAAGCUGCCAACGUCAACGGCUACAGUUGUGGUGAAUGUGGAGGAUGUGAAUGAGGCUCCCAUCUUUAUCCCCUCUGAGCUUAAUGUAAAGGCAGCAGAGGAUGCAAAAGUGGGUGAACGACUGGCCACGUACACGGCAACGGAUCCGGAUACACAAAUGAAGCAGUCAAUAGAGUAUAGAAUGGCUCCUGAUUCAACUGGAUGGCUGUCUAUUAACAAAACAAUUGGAGUGAUCACUGUAAAGUCCCCAAUGGACAGGGAAUCAACAGAUGUAGUUGAUGGCAAAUACAAAGCUCUGGUCCUAGCUGUUGACAAUGCUGUUGUUCCAGCCACAGGGACUGGGACUCUGCAGGUGAUGCUAAAGGAUUUGAAUGAAAAUAAGAAUCCUCCUCAAUUUCCACGACCCAUUGGCCUUUCCAUCAAGAGUACUUGGCAUCAAUUCCUGAGAACACUGAGAAUAAAGAAGUGGUGAGAAUAUUUGUCUAUGACAAAGAUACACCAAUGACUCCUGCCUGGUUCACUAAAUUCAAAGUUAUCCAAGGAAAUGAUGGCAGCAUCU